AAAUCUCCACACCCAAAAAGCGGAGGUUCCAGAGCUCAUAGUAAUUAUUUGUGGCCAAAGUUUCAUAUCAACGACUAAACCCAGAGGAAAGCAGGCUUCUCCGCCAUGUUACAAAUCCCAAAAUUCUUGCAGUCCCCAACUCAAUGCCUUCAUCCUCCAUCGCAGCAACCGCCACUACCCAUUACACAAACCCCAGGGGUACCUACAUCUUCAUCUCUUCCCUCCAUCAAACACUGCUGUAAGCUAUCACGUAGAGAACUUGCAAUCCGGAGCAAUUCUCUGUUGCUUCUCUUCCUGGGGUCGCAGAGCAUUGAGGCUUUUCUACCUUCUAAAGCAGAAGCCGAGGAUGAUGUGGUUGAUGCCAGUAGCAAUGCAGAAGAACAAAGUUUGAACGUGGUUGAUAGCAGUAUCAACGCUCAAGAACAGAGUUCAAACGUGGUUGAUGGCAGUAGCACCGCUCAAGAAGAUAGUUCAAACGUGGUUGAUGGCAGCAGCAACGCACAAGAACAAAGUUCAGACGCGGUCGAUGCCAGUAGCAAUGCACCAGAACAAAGUUCAAACGCUACUCCUACUUGUGGUGAUAAGACCCCAACAACGCGCGCAUUUCUUGAUGUAUCAAUCGAUGGAGAGCCUAUUGGCCGCAUUGUCAUCGGGCUUCAAGAACAGGAUGCUCCGUUUGGCGCUGCUCGAUUUCGGAAUCUUGUCAGUGGAGCUGCUGGAGUGAGCUACAGAAGGAAAGAAUUUAUAAAAAUUACGCCGAGCUACGUGCAACAUGGUGGUGUGAGAUCUUAUGGUGUAGAUGCUGAGCUCGCAAGGAGCACAGGAAGCAGUUUGGCAGUUGAUAAGCUCACUGAAGAGUGGGAGAGUUUGUAUGAAAAGUGUCCGGGCAUCAAGAACAAAGCUGGCACUGUCGGCAUUAUAGUGAGAGACCCUUCAAAACCACCGCCGAAAAUCAAGCUCGUUGCACGGAAAGGGAAGCUGGAGAUUGAUCAGGAGGAGGUUGGUACAGCCCCAAACGGAACAGAGUUCGUCAUUUCUACCAAGGAUUCACCGGAGCUCGAUGCUUCGACUUUGGUGGUUGGAAAAGUUUUGGAAGGUAUGGACGUUGUGGAGAGACUUGGCCAGGUUAAGACAGUUCAAGAGAACACCAGUUCACCUUACUUUAGGGUGGCCAAGUUGAUUGGAGAUAAGAGAGCUGUUGUGGCAGAAAGAGGAUUUAACCGCCCUUACGCCAAGGUACUUGUCACAAACUGUGGCCUGAUGCAGUAA